CCGCCCCUCUUGCGCUCUUCCGGCAGUCGCUUCUGGUGGCUGCCGCGGCUUUGGCGGCGUCCGCGCGUGCGCAGCUGAGAAAUGGAGCCCUGUUCCUGUGACACUUUUGUGGCACUACCUCCAGCAACAGUAGGAAAUAGGGUUAUUUUUGGAAAAAAUUCAGACAGACUCUUUGAUGAAGUACAAGAAGUAAUUUACUGUCCAGCUGCAGUUCAUAAUGAUUUGGGAAAACGUUUCAAGUGUACUUAUAUAGAAGUUGAUCAAGUUCCUGAAACAUAUGCUGUUGUCCUUAGUCGCCCAGCUUGGCUGUGGGGGGCAGAAAUGGGUGCCAAUGAGCAUGGAGUCUGCAUUGGGAAUGAGGCUGUAUGGGGAAGAGAAGACAUUUCUAAGGAGGAAGCACUUUUGGGCAUGGACCUUGUCAGGCUGGGCCUUGAGAGAGCUGACACAGCUGAGAAAGCUCUGGAUGUCAUUGUUGACUUACUAGAAAAGUAUGGCCAAGGUGGAAACUGCGCAGAGGGCGAAGAGUUCAGCUAUUACAACAGUUUCCUGAUAGCUGACAGGAAUGAAGCCUGGAUCCUGGAGACGUCAGGGAAGUACUGGGCAGCAGAGAGAGUCCAAGGCGUUCGUAAUAUUUCCAAUCAGCUUUCCAUAACAACCAAGAUUGCCCGGGAGCAUCCAGACGUGAGGAACUACGCUAAGCAGAGGGGCUGGUGGGAUGGUAAAGAAGAGUUUGAUUUUACUGCGGCCUACUCUUAUAUUGACACGGCUGCUAUGAUGACUUCACCAAGCAGAUACUGCCAGGGCUACAAGCUUCUGGAUAAACACAGAGGAAACAUAACUUUUGAAACAAUGAUGGAAAUUCUUCGAGACAGACCCAGUGGCAUCAACAUGAAGGGAGAAUUUCUGACCACAGCAAGCAUGGUUUCUGUUUUGCCUCAGGAUCCCAGCCUUCCUUGCAUUCACCUCUUUACGGCGACUCCGCACCCUGAGAGGUCUGUUUUUAAGCCUUUCAUAUUUGUACCACACAUUUCACCACUGUUGGAUACGAAAUCACCAACAUUUGAACCUGAAAGGCCAGUGGCAAAGAAGCCAUAUGUCAAGCCUGACAGAAGACACCCACUCUACCAAAAACAUCAAGAGGCCUUGGAAAUGAUAAGUAACAAUAAGGAAAAAGGCAAGACAAUAUUGGACAAGAUGAGGAAGCUGGAAAAAGCAGUGUCUGAAGAGAUAGAAUCAAUCCUCCAGAGUGGACAUCUCGACGAGGAGAAAACUGUUAAUCUCUUUCCUCAAUAUGUGAAAGAUGAAAUUAAAAUUUAUCAGUCAACUAUUAGUUCUUAAUGAUCAUUUAAGCGGUCAGAAAUCUUCCUCACUGCCCUGGUAAUGAUAUAGAGCUAUGCUAAGGAGAUCUGUUUAUUUCCUCAUAGUAUUAGGUGGUAUUUCGACUGAUAAACCACAGCAAUUAGUAUUUGGUUGCAUAAAGCAUGAAACAUAAACAUGACGCAUAGGCUAUGCUAUCAUUCUGUAUUAUUAAGAAAGCUCAAGGCUUUCUUUUCCUUAAGCAGUGGAAAAUAUGUCAGGUGCAUUGUUUGUGCUUUAGGCAAAUAGUAACCAGCUUUAACAAGGCAGAUGUCUAGAUUUACGCUGUUUGACAUUGCCACACAGCCUGCAAGAAGCCCUUUCAGUAAACUCGAAAGUGACCUCUGUCAAGAUUUGGCUGAGCAGCAAGCAAACUUGUGGCUCUAAUUGUUUGGCUUUUUCUCUCCCCCAUCCCCUCAGAAGCUAUUUUAUUAGUCUUCUUGCUAUCUGGGUAGUUUUUCUUUUCCCAGAAUGCCAGGUAGUUGGAUCUUCCAGUAGGUGUUUUGGGAUUGGCUUCUUUAAUACACAUCUUUCACCAUGCCUCUGUAAACCAUGAUAGCUCGUUUCUUCUUAACAUGAAUAGUGCUUUCAGUUGGGUGUGUCACUACCAGAGAGCCUCUUGGCUGCUUCCAGAUUUUGGCAAUUGUGAGUAAGCAUCCACGUGUGAGUUGCUGCAUAGCUCUAAGCGUUCAGCCCAUGUUGGAUGGAACUGAGGUACAGCAGAACCUGUUGUGUGAGUGAGAAACCACCACCGCUGUCUCCUACACCCUGCCGCAGCACUGUUGUGUCCUGGCCAACUAUCAAGUGUCAGGAUUUAGUCAUUCUGAGUGCAGCUUCUCACUUAAGAAGGUUACACGGAUUGAAGCUUUGGCUUUGCACUUUAGUUUUCAGUUAAUCUGUAAUUCCACAUGGCAUUUGAUACUGAGUUUCUUUUCGUAUGCUUAUUUCCCAUUUGUAUACCUUCUUUGCUGAGGUGUGUAGAUCUUGGCCCAUUCUUUAAUCGGGUGUUUUUUAUUUACUUAUCUUACUAAGGAGUCUAAACUUUUUUCUCUAAUUUAAAAUUUUGAUUUCAUGUGUAUGAGUGUUUUGCCUCCAUGUAUAUCUGUAUGAAGCACAUGCCUGGUGCCCUCAGAGGGUGUGAGAUCCUCUUGAACUGGAGUUAUAGAUGGCUGUGAGCCAUCGUGUGGGUGCUGGGGACCAAACCCAGAUCCUGUGCAAGAGCAAGCGCUCUUACCCCUGAGCCAUCUCUCCAGCCCCUCCCAGCACUCAAGUCUAAACCUCUUAAGAGCUCAUUGUUCUUAGGGUAAAGUCCUUAACAAACGGCAGCAACAGAUACUCAGGUUCAUCAUCUUGGCCUCCCUUUCUUAUGAGUAGUUCUUUUUAGUCUUAGAACUUGCUGAGUGAGUCUUAGGUGUUUUCCUUCCAUAGAAUCAAGAUUAUAUGUGGCUCCGAAUUAGUCAUACAUUUAAUUAUUUCAUAGUGGAAUAGAAGUUCCAUGAAAGCUCAUUGUUCAGUAUUAUAUUUGGAUGCUUUGAUAUUAUAUAAUAUUUGCUAAAUGAACAUUCAAAUACCAGUGGAGAGAAUUUAGGGAAGUGGGAUAUCAUUUGAGAUGUAAAUGAAUGGAAUGAUUAAUAAAAAAAGGAAUUUAUACAGGUCUUUCUACAGAAAUGUAAGGUUGAAUAAAUUAGCCAGCUAAUUUAUCUGUAUAACUCAGUAGUCACCAAAGUUUCAAACCCCAAAAAUACAAGGAUUAUAUGGAUAUGUGAGUUAACUUGUAGAGAUUUUCACUGCAGGAUACUCAUUGCGGGAUACUCAGUGUGGAUACUCAGGUUGGUAGUUAAUGCCUUGGAGUGAAUUUUAGAAAUUUUAAUGUUUUGUUAAAUUUCAUCUGUUGUAAAAAUAAAAAGUAAUAAACUUAUUUUAC